AUGUCCUUGAACCACUACCUUAAUAAAAAAGUCCUAGUGAUAACAGCCGACGGCCGCACCUUAACCGGCAACCUCCUCUCCUGCGAUCAGCUUACCAACAUCGUCCUAAGCGAUACGAUAGAGCGCGUGAUACGGCCAGUCGACGAUCCGGAACCGAGCUCGGAAGCUAGCCAUGGCCUGUACCUUAUACGGGGAGAUAAUGUGGUGUGCUGCGGCUUAGUGGACGAAGAGUUGGAUGCUAGCAUCAAUUGGAGGGAGGUGCGGGGGGAUGUUUUGGGGGGGACGAAGCAUGUGUGA